AUGUCGAAACUUAACAAAGAUGUAAUAUCCCUAAUAUUAAAAGAAUUAUAUGAUAUGAGAAAUACACUUUAUUCAUGUCUUUUAGUUGACAGGACUUGGUAUGAAAUGACUGUACCAAUUUUAUGGAAGAAUCCUUUUCGAUUUCACUUAAAAGAAAAAGCACAUAUCAUUAUAAUUAAUGUAAUACUUUCAUAUUUAUCAGAAGAAUCAAGAGUUAAUUUGAGGAAUCAAGGGAUUGAACUUAUAAAUACAUAUCAACAACCUUUAUUAAAUUAUAUUAGUUUUUGGAGAUAUUUAAAUUUAUCUGUAUUGGAAAAAAUGAUAGAAACUUUUGUAACUGAUACAAAUAUUAAUCAAUCCAAAAUUUCUAUUAUAGGAUUAGAAAUCAUGAAUAUAUUUAAUAGGAAUACAAAAUUUUAUUUUCUUUGCAAUUAUUCCCGCUAUAACUUUACUUCGGGUACUGAACUUUGUUUCUCAGAACUUGGUUACCUUCGUUGUACUUCUACUCAAAACAGCAGCAUCUUAGCAGGAAGAUUGGCUAUAUUAAAUACGUCAAUUAAAAAAUUGAAUUUUGAUAUUUUAUAUUUUAGUACUCAUAAUUGUGGUAUCACUAAAUUAAUUGAAGGUCAAAAAAACUUAAAUGAAGUUAUAUUCAACAAUCAAUAUCUGGUUACUCUUAAGGAAUAUAUUGUCAGACCACUUGAAGAGGCACUAAUUAAGUGUGCCGAUACUAUUCAAUAUUUGAAAAUAGACUGGAAACCUGUCACAAAUUUAUUUUCACAUCUUGUAAAUUUAAUAAGUUUAGAAAUACACGCUUUUCGCCAGAAAAAUUGGAAUCAUUUGAAUCAUUUGGAAAAGAUAUCUUUACCUCACUUAAAAUAUCUAAAAGCUCAUUACGUCCCAUCUAAAAUUUUGGCAAGUCUAAUUGAAAAUACAAUAGGAAAUCUUAUUGAAAUAAGUAUUAUCUAUGGUCAAAGUGAUUAUGAUGAAGGAAGACUUAUCCAUGCAAUUUAUCAAAAUUGUCCAAACCUUAAUUAUCUUAAAUUAUCAUUAUUUAGUGAGAAUUUUUCAGAAUUUGAAAAUUUAUUAAUUAAUUGUCAAAUUUUAAAUGGAUUAGAAAUUUUCUGUGUACAUGAUUAUCAAAUUAAUUGGAAAAUCUUAUUUGAAAUAUUGACGAGGUCCACACCAAUUAGUUUAUUUAAAUUUAAAUUUAUAUAUUCUAUUUUUAAUUCUUAUUUGAAUAUUAAUUUGGAAUCUUUAAAAUUAUUUCUUGACAAUUGGAAAGAUAGAAGUUCUAUGUUAUUGCAAAUCUUUUCAUCGGGAGUUAUGUUAAACGUGGAGCAGAAGCAACAUCAGCUAAAAUUAGAAGAUCUUUUACAAAAAUAUAAAACAAAAGGGGUAAUCAAAAAUUAUAACACUAAUAAUCUUGGAACUGAAGAUUUUGAAUGGAUUCAAUGUAAACUCCAUACGUUAUAUGAUUAA